AUGACUAAAUCUCAUCUUAAUAUGGCAUAUAGAAGAGUAAAUGGGCCUGGACAGUCUCUCACGUCUAAACUCUCUCACAAUGACUGUGGAAUCCAUCAGCCACGUAGAACUGCUGGAACACAUAAUAUAUGCAUGGUGUCUGAUUUUUUUUAUCCAAAUAUGGGAGGAGUGGAAAGCCACAUUUACCAGCUAUCUCAGUGUCUUAUUGAAAGAGGACACAAAGUCAUAAUUGUCACCCAUGCUUAUGGAAAUAGAAAAGGUAUCCGAUACCUUACCAGUGGCCUCAAAGUAUAUUAUUUACCACUAAAAGUCAUGUACAAUCAGUCUACAGCAACAACCCUCUUUCACAGUCUGCCUCUGCUCAGGUACAUAUUUGUUCGGGAGAGAGUCACCAUAAUCCAUUCACAUAGCUCUUUUUCUGCCAUGGCCCAUGAUGCACUCUUCCACGCCAAGACAAUGGGCCUACAGACAGUCUUCACAGACCAUUCUCUUUUUGGAUUUGCUGAUGUCAGCUCCGUGCUUACAAACAAACUUCUAACUGUAUCGCUUUGUGAUACAAAUCAUAUCAUUUGUGUCUCUUACACUAGCAAGGAAAACACUGUUCUAAGAGCAGCACUGAAUCCUGAGAUAGUAUCCGUCAUCCCCAAUGCUGUAGAUCCUACUGACUUCACUCCAGACCCAUUUAGAAGGGAUGAUAGUGUAAUAACUAUUGUUGUUAUCAGCAGGCUUGUUUACAGAAAAGGGAUUGAUUUGCUUAGUGGAAUAAUACCUGAACUCUGUCAGAAAUAUCCAGAUUUAAAUUUCAUAGUUGGAGGAGAAGGGCCAAAAAGAAUCAUUUUGGAAGAAGUACGGGAAAGAUACCAACUACAUGACAGGGUGCGUCUUUUGGGAGCCUUGGAACACCAAGAUGUUAGAGAUGUCUUGGUUCAGGGACAUAUCUUUCUAAAUACUUCUCUUACUGAGGCUUUCUGCAUGGCAAUUGUGGAAGCUGCAAGUUGUGGUUUACAGGUUGUAAGUACCAGGGUUGGUGGAAUUCCUGAAGUAUUGCCUGAUAAUCUUAUCAUUUUAUGUGAACCAUCAGUAAAAUCUUUGUGUGAUGGCUUAGAAAGAGCUAUUUCACAGCAGAAGUCAGGAACAUUGCUAGAUCCAGAAAAAAUCCAUAACAAAGUAAAGACAUUCUAUACCUGGAGGGAUGUUGCAGAGAGAACUGAAAAGGUGUACGACAGAGUGUCUAGGGAAGUCGUUUUACCAAUGGACAAGCGGCUGAACAGGCUGAUCUCUCACUGUGGCCCAGUGACUGGCUGCACCUUUGCUUUUUUGGCCGUGUUAAACUUCCUCUUCCUCAUUUUCCUGAGGUGGCUAACUCCUGAUUCUGUCAUUGAUAUUGCAGUUGAUGCCACAGGUCCAAAUGGGGCCUGGACCCAGCAGUAUUCUUAUAGUAAAAAGGGGGAAGAAAAUAAAGAGAUUUCAGAAUCAAGGUAG